GUGUACUGUUUUCACAGACCUGCCAUCGAAUGUCCCAAAUUUUCUUGAAAUAUCACGUAUAUCAAUGACUUGAUCUUUCAGCCUAUUGCCUACCUUAUGAUGAAAAGGAAAUAGAUAACAAGCCGGUUUUGCUUGUAUCCUUAGCGGUUUCGGCAGCCAUUUGAAAUGCAUUGAAUGGCUUCGGCGGGCUCUGUUGUCGAACAGGCUGUGGCCAACACAACCAACAGUUCUUCACAUAUGCACGCAUCUAUGAUGUGAUGGGAGGCCCACCAAAUGACCAGAUUUGGCUAUCCAGAUUAGCCAAAGAUCAAGUUCUCAACAGACCAGGCUGCCGUCGUUUUCCACGCCUCUAAUGCCCAAUUCUAUCCUCCUCCGGUUCCUACAUACUCAAGACUAAUUGAAUGUUCCGGCAACCUACAAACUUUAUCCUAAACCAUAAUGCCGUCGCAUAACGAAAAGCGAGUGCAGGGAGUCAAGGACCUGUCGCCUCACCAGGACACGUCAGAUGCCAUCAACCAAUUGGUGACCUUGCUUCACCAGUACUGUUCCGAGGGCGGUUUCGAUACCUUGAAGGGAGUCGUCGGAGAGAACGAAGAACUCAAGCGAGACAAAGCAAAGCUCCAAACCGCAUACGAUACGAACAUCGAAGCGCUAUCUCGACAUCAAACUGAGUUUGAGAGACAGAAGGUCGAUUUUGAGAAGCAACUAGGCUCCCAAGAGGCACAGAACGAGGCAAUACUCAAAGCAAAACAAGCAGCCGACGAAAGCAUCAAGAAACGCCAAGCUGAAUUGACGGCGCUGCAAGAGAAGCUCGAGAUGCAGUCAUCAUCUGCCAAACAGUUGAUGAAUGAGAUCAAGAAAAAAGAGUCCACGAUUAAUGCUCUCGAAGCUACUAACGCUUCGCAGCAAGAAAAUUUAACGAAAGCAGAGAAAGAGUCGGCAACGUUCCAAAGUGCAAAGGAGUCUAUGCAAAAGCGAGUAGAUGGUCUAACUACGAGCUUAGACGAAGUGCGCGGAAGAUUAACAACGUUUCAUUCUUUCGUGGUCAAGCUUGACAACUUUGAAGCCAGAAGAGGUGAAGUUGGAGAUGCUUUGGAUAGUAUAUUGAGAAACGCGCUCAGCUUCGUGGAAUCGUCCAUUGGCAUCGCUCUAGACGAAGCAUGCCUGACCGACAUAGCAGUAUGGGGAAGGCUUCGAAAUCACGCUUCCAUCCAGCGCACCAUCCCUCUACCUGCUUCUAAUUCUCCAGCCGCUAAACAAAUGAGGGUCGCCGCCGGUCUCAGGAUCUACAGCAUGGCUCUCGCCGAUCAUGUCUUCAAAUCAACGUAUCUCACUCAAAACAGCGAUUUCGAAGAUGUUCUACGGGAUUUGGAGACAGAGGAUCCACUGCAUGAAGCUUUCACGCGUGCCGUCCUGUUGAAGAUCCAGCCAGCAAGGCAAGCUCGAAAUAGAGAAGCUCGUGCCAAGAUGGUCGCUGAUCAAGUUUCUGACGCCAUUGCCGACUUGGUCCCUUCUUCGCAGAAAGAAACUUUGAAAGCACGCCUAUACCAGGUCUCAUUGGAGGCAUGCAAUGCGUGGUUAGUUAUUCAGCAACUAUUGGAGCCAGUCCGCCCAGUCUUCUCUUUGCAUAUGCCUGAGGACUGGGUGCCAUUACCAUCGUCGGUACCCCAACGCAACAGCAAGGCCGGACCAUCCGGCGUCGCUCGGGAACCUUUGGCGACGCGGGCAGAAAACCAGGGUCAACAAACACAACGGCCGAGUGCUGAGUCUCAGCCGAUAGAAAUUGACGACAUCAUGCAAGUUGUUUGGCCAGCAUUUUAUGUUCCAUCUUCUCAACAGGAGGAUGACGUUGGUGACCAAGUUCCAGAACUUGUCCACAGAGGGCAUGUCAUUACACGUUCACAGGGCAGGGAAGCAGAGAUCGAAAUGUCACGUAGAAAUGCGAGAAAGAACGCAAGACAGAACAGUGGAUCUAGCCCUACACAGAAAAAGAGACGAGACUCAGCUGUUUUUUUAUCCAAGGCUUUUCCUGGCGGUAUUGGUACCGAAAAGGUCAAUUAAAUUAGUUCACAGCUGCUAUGUAGCUAAGAACGAUCCUAUACAUACCAGCAUAGUCGUCAGGGCUUUUUCCUUCUUUCCUUCUCCGUCUCUUUUUUUCUAUUCUUAUUUUUCUUUCUUUAAUUUUUCCUUCUCUUAUUCUCUCUUUCUCUCUUUCUUUGUUUUCUUCUCUCUCCUGCAAAGGUUCUCUUUUAACAGAUUGUUUAGUAUGGUCCCCUAUUUCACGUUUAGUGGUACGGUUGUAUUUAGCAGUAGCUGUCACUCAUUUGGCUAUAAUCUACAGAAAGCAAAGUUAUUAAAAACUCAGAUUUGAGAAAGAAUAAUGAUUCUCUUCCGGG